AUGAAGCUCCUCGCUCUCACCCUGGGCUCACUAGCCUCCGCUGCGUCCAUCACUUCCGGGGCACUGAAUCGUCGUGCGGACUUUUGCGGCCAAUGGGAUACCGUCACCUCAGGGGACUUCAUCCUGUACAACAAUCUUUGGGGCCAAGAUAAUGCUGACAGUGGCUCGCAAUGCACAGGGUUGGACUCUGGCAGCGGCAACUCAAUUGCGUGGCACACAAGUUGGAGCUGGUCUGGCGGCGAGUACAACGUCAAGAGUUUCGCCAACGCCGCAUAUCAAUUCACAGCAACUCAGCUGAGCGCUCUGAGCUCGAUCCCGACUACCUGGGAGUGGCAGUAG